AGGCAGGGGCACUGAGCUCAGGGGGAGAAAGGACUGGUGUAGCUGCAGGACCUGGGAUGAAUUGAUGGGGAGAGAAGUCGGGGUAGAGGGGGACUUAGGGGAGGGGAAGGGAUAAGGAAGGAAGGAAAGGGGCCUGACUUGGUAGAUGAGGUGUCUGAUGACCCGCACUCUGCUCCCUGCAGCACUGGACCAGCGAUUCUUGUUCAUUUCCCCAGGAAGGUCCAGCUAGGAAGCUGGGAUUUGAAAGAAAAGGGUCUCCUGAACUCUGUCUCCAGCAAGUGAGAUUCACUGUCUGCUUUUAUUCAAACAUCUGAUAUUACUGUAGCUAUUCUUGCUGAUAUACAAAGAAUAAUUCGAGGCGUAAUUAAAAGAAAACUGCAUGUACAGGCGUCCAUUACCUGCAGGAAAUACACUCGCAAAAGAACCUGUACAGCACUGACUCUCAAGAAAAAACAGAGAAGCUGUUUGAAAAAACAGUGGUCACAAGAGGCUCUGGUAAUGAGAUUAUUACUGUAAAUGUACAUUGUGUUUGAUACGUUUGUGAACACUAGCUGUACCGUUUCCAUAAGCACCUCCACACAUUCAUUGCAAUGCAGCGACUUUCUCUGACGUGAGGAGUGCAAGGGCAAACGCAUGAAGUUUCACUGUGCUGUGUGUGAUGGGGCUCAACACGCUUAAAGAACGCCCCAUGCUGCAAAAAACAACUACAGAUUACUCAGAUUCUCCCAAAAAGCCCAAAUGAGUGUAAGGAGCAGACCGGCCCAUGGGUGGGCACUCAAACGAAGCUAGUGUCUGUGGGGUUGGCGUGUCUUGUUUAGUGCACUGACUCUCACAGAGGGGAGCUCCAUGCUUGCUGUGUUCCUGAGAGAGAAGCUCUGUGGUGUUCUAAUAUCAGAACACAGUGGAGUUCCACAGUUUUAAGAAGGCCACCUGCACGUAACACCCGCAUGCCGUUUAAGAGGAACGUUUCCCAGCUGUCCCGCUGGAAGCUUGGUUUUGGUGUCCGGUUGCGCUACGGUGGUGUUUGAUCGUCGGCACUCCUCCAGGGGACUGGGCAGGAUGAAGCGGGCGAGGCUGUACGUUGGUUAGGCUGGCUGUAUCACGAGGAAACCUUUUCAGGCAACUGUGGAAACAACAGCUUGUAGGUGACAUUCGCAAGCCUCCCCACCUCACCAAGUUGCUCAAAUGGAAAGCGCGUUUAUUUUUGUUGCUCACAUUUUUCACUCAUUAUUAUUAUUAUUAUUUAUUUCUUAGCAGACGCCCUUAUCCAGGGCGUCUGCUAAGAAAUAAAUAAUUUCUUAGCAGAAAAAAAUUUCCAAGGAAUUAUCCACUCAUGGAUAAUUCCUUGGAAAUGUCAGCAACAGCAAAGUCGCUUCAGCAGCUGCUGUGUGUCGCCUCGUUCUUCCAGCCAGGGGCUGGCUCAGGAACACAGCAGUCUCGUUUCACUAAGGGGUGCCGACAGCACUUUGAGCUUGCCUCUGCUGCAGUGGCAGCUAACAGAAUUGAAACAGCGCUCAGGGACACUUACUCCAGAGCACCGACAUGCUCCAAGCACUUCCUGUUAGUUUGGCAGGGCAGGCAUUAACACUGAUACUUUUUUUAAAUUAUUUUAUUUCAUCAGUAAGUCUCUCACUGUAUUGUUUCAGACUACAGUCAUGCCUUCAUGAAGAGGAGCAGUGACAGAGUAGGACAGGCAUGGAGUCUAAUGCUGACCUCGUAAUACAUGGGCAGGUAGCUUCUGAGGAGUAACUCUCAUCUUGCAGUAAGUGAGAGGACCUUGUUUCUCUUUCAGUCCAUUCCAGCCCAGGGCCUUGUUGAAACCAGUACUUAUUUAUUGAAUUUUAGCAGUGCAGGUCCUUGUUUUGAAUGGACUGAAAGAGCCACAGGUGAGUACCACUGAUCCACGGCACUGAGAACCUGUGUAGAAGACUACCUGUCCUAAACGACCAGCUGCCUUCAGAACAAAUUCGCUGGAGUGCGCUGGAUGAAAGCUGUUGUGGGAGACCUCCAGUUCAGGUCCAUUUCAUUGCAAGACUUCGUUCCAACCAAUCCAACAUAACUUUCUAAUUCAGGAGUGUCUACGUUUGGUCCUUCUCGGUUUUAAAUUGUUUAAUUAAACCAAUUACACCCCCAUCCAGACCAUGAAGUCGUUCAUUCUCUAAUUUUACUGGUCAAACCUGGAGUGGAACGGUCCUCCAGGACUGGGAUUGGACACCCCUGUUUUCACUGACCUUCAGCAGCAGGGUCAAUUAAAAUAUGAAGGACCUGGUUGGAGGUCCUGCAAUGGAAUGGUCUGGAGGAGCUGUAAGGUGCCUCACCUCAAGUGUCUCUAUAGAGAUCGUAGCAAGUGUGUGGGCUAGCAGGAAAUGAGACCUUCGAUCGCCAGGGACCUGCUCACAGUGUCUCCCUCCCAAGCCUGCUGAGUGCAGGACACCCUGGGAAUAAUAGAAAAGAGCUUUGUAUGUGUUUACAUUGUUAAGAGCAGGAUGGGAACACAACUAACACUCACAUAAAACAACUGAUUAUCACUGUCAUAUUAAGAGAAAAAAGCAAUAAUACCUAUAUCUGUCAUGCUGUCAAAUCAUAACGUGUAAUUUGUUGAAAUGUUCUUGUGUUUUAGGGUUAGAUGUGUAAUGCUCUGAAAUGUUCUUGUGUUUUGGGUUAGAUGUGUAAUGCUUUGAAAUGUUCUUGUGUUUUAGGGUUAGAUGUGUAAUGCUCUGAAAUGUUCUUGUGUUUUAGGGUUAGAUGUGUAAUGCUUUGAAAUGUUCUUGUGUUUUAGGGUUAGAUGUGUAAUGCUUUGAAAUGUUCUUGUGUUUUGGGUUAGAUGUGUAAUGCUUUGAAAUGUUCUUGUGUUUUAGGGUUAGAUGUGUAAUGCUCUGAAAUGUUCUUGUGUUUUAGGGUUAGAUGUGUAAUGCUCUGAAAUGUUCUUGUGUUUUAGGGUUAGAUGUGUAAUGCUUUGAAAUGUUCUUGUGUUUUAGGGUUAGAUGUGUAAUGCUCUGAAAUGUUCUUGUGUUUUAGGGUUAGAUGUGUAAUGCUCUGAAAUGUUCUUGUGUUUUAGGGUUAGAUGUGUAAUGCUCUGAAAUGUUCUUGUGUUUUAGGGUUAGAUGUGUAAUGCUCUGAAAUGUUCUUGUGUUUUAGGGUUAGAUGUGUAAUGCUUUGAAAUGUUCUUGUGUUUUAGGGUUAGAUGUGUAAUGCUUUGAAAUGUUCUUGUGUUUUAGGGUUAGAUGUGUAAUGCUCUGAAAUGUUCUUGUGUUUUAGGGUUAGAUGUGUAAUGCUUUGAAAUGUUCUUGUGUUUUAGGGUUAGAUGUGUAAUGCUUUGAAAUGUUCUUGUGUUUUAGGGUUAGAUGUGUAAUGCUCUGAAAUGUUCUUGUGUUUUAGGGUUAGAUGUGUAAUGCUCUGAAAUGUUCUUGUGUUUUAGGGUUAGAUGUGUAAUGCUUUGAAAUGUUCUUGUGUUUUAGGGUUAGAUGUGUAAUGCUUUGAAAUGUUCUUGUGUUUUAGGGUUAGAUGUGUAAUGCUCUGAAAUGUUCUUGUGCUUUAGGGUUAGAUGUGUAAUGCUCUGAAAUGUUCUUGUGUUUUAGGGUUAGAUGUGUAAUGCUUUGAAAUGUUCUUGUGUUUUAGGGUUGGGGUUAGGGUUCAAACUGGCAGCUCUGCAGGAGCUCCACACUAGCAUUUCCAGCCCUGGAAAGCCCCGCUCCAGUCUCCGCUCUGAACGACAGCCAUGUCUCCCUGGGUUUCACCUGGUUAUAACGGGGGCUGUCUCUCUGCUAGCAAACAGAUUGAUACGCGCUGGCUGGGUAUUCCUCUUCCCUGCCACUGUGCAUGGGGUUCUGUUUUUGCUGCUUGUCAUCUGACUGGCCCAUCACAGGCAUUCACACAUAUAAAGCUUCAAUCAGUUACAUACAUUUAUUUUUGUAUUGCUUUUUUUUUCAUUGUUGGCACUCAGUUUAUACCCGUUGUACUCAAAGUAAUUUGCUUCCCUCGUCUCUCACUAGGUGGCAUUAUCAAGCACCUGGGCGCCCUCCUCUGGUGCCCUCAGGUAUUUGCCAGGGAGUGUACAAGUUCUUCCCCCUCUAUCAAACAAGCUAACUUGUUUAUUUUACUGCCAGUAAGAAUCAGAGACUGCCUUUAAGCAAUGUGUUGUUUCUGAAUGCUGGUCCACUCAAGUCAUUAAUUACACCUCGAAGGGGAUGAGAACUCCACAAGCCUUCUCUUGAGCCCUUAUUGGAGUUCCUGCAUUGCUGCACCCUGGGGAACCCUCACUGGGGCCCAGGUGGAUAUCACUGCUGUACAGGUCUCUGCAAUGCAUGUCACGUCACUUCACCAGCUAUAUAAAGAUAGAGCAUAUACAGAGUGUUCAUGUAUUACUUAUGAGACUCUUUGAAAUUGAGAUUUAUUCUGAUGUGGCCAUAUUGUGAUUAUAUUAUUGUGAUUAUAUAUUUUUUUAAAUAAAUAUAACAUGUUGAUAAGUUGAACACUUGUUUUAUUUUGUGACUUCUCUGGUUCUCCAAACCAGGGGCAGACCACUUUGUUCCCGGAGCGCCGUUUCCAUUACAGGUCUCGCAGGCCUUAAAUAAAAGUUGUCAAGUACUUUAGGACUCAGUCAGCUGUUAAACUGGUUGGAACAAAGACCUGGACUGGAUCUGUGGAGGUUGCCUCACCUGCUGUAUAACAUGUAAUAAGAGAGAUAAAAGACAAUACAGUAGUUAUGAACAAUAAAACAUUCCUGAUUAAAGAAAGCUCAGAUUGGUCACAGUCUUGCAGGUAUGUUAAGAGUAACACUGAUAAAGAGUAGAAAGUCCCUUUGUCUAGAACUUGGUUCAGAAUAUUGAACAAAUAAAGGGUGCGCCAAAAAUUCCCAGCCCAUUGUACCUCUCUUGCAGUGCUGCUGGCAGAAACUCAUUUGUUGGAGUAAAUAAAUGGAUAACGAAUGUCCCGCUCUAUAGCUGUGCAUUACAUGGCAGCAUGUAGCAUUGAAACUAGUGGUGGCCAAAAAAGUUUAAACAAACAAAAAACAAACCAAGUAAUACCUGCAAAGCACACACUGAUAAAGCCUCUGUUUGGUUUUUGCACACACUGAUAAAGUCUGUUUGGUUUUUGCACACAUUGAUAAAGCCUCUGUUUUUUAGCUUUUAGCCUUCUUGGCAGUGGAGUGUUCCAGUGUAUGUCAGUGUUUUCUUAUUAAGACUGGCUAGGAAGAGCUUUGCAAAUUGAGACUGAAACGGAGCAGCGGCAGUGAGAUGGGGCGGCGGAUAGCUGUGAUCGGGGCCGGAGCCACGGGGCUCACCUGCAUUAAGAGCUGUUUGGACGAGAGGCUGGAGCCGGUCUGCUUCGAACGCAGCAAGGACAUCGGGGGGCUCUGGAGGUUCAAGGAGGAAGCGGAGGCUGAGCGAGCCAGUAUCUACCGCUCUGUCAUCAUCAACACCUCCAAAGAGAUGAUGUGCUACAGCGACUUCCCCGUUCCUGAUCACUUUCCCAACUACAUGCACAACUCCCGCAUCCUGGAAUACUUCCGCAUGUACGCCCAGCACUUUGACCUGAUGCGCCACGUUCGCUUCCAGACCGCAGUGCGCAGUGUGAAGAAGCGUCCGGAUUUCUCCCGCUCGGGACAGUGGGAGGUGGUGAGUGUGAGCAGUGCGGGGCAGGAGCAAUCAGAAACCUUUGACGGGGUGAUGGUCUGCACUGGACACCACACCCACCCCCACAUGCCUCUGCACGACUUCCCAGGGAUCGAGAAGUUCGGAGGGCAGUAUUUCCACAGUCGGGAUUACAAGAGUCCCCAAGAAUUCCAGGGGAAGAGGGUCCUGGUGAUUGGGAUUGGGAAUUCGGGAAGCGACAUUGCUGUGGAGAUGAGCGGAGUCGCAGAGCAGGUGUUCUUGAGUACGAGGCGAGGCUCCUGGGUGCUGAAUCGUGUCUCAGAUAACGGGUUCCCUGUCGAUAUGAUGUACGGCACGCGCGUCAUGGCCCUGCUUUGGAAAUACCUGCCUUUCAGCCUCCUGAACUGGAUUGGGGAGAGGAAGAUCAACACCCGCUUUGACCACAGCCUGUACGGACUCCAGCCCGAGCACAGGCUCUUCAGCCAGCAUCCCACGGUGAACGACGAUCUCCCAAACCGCAUCCUCUCAGGGAGGGUUCAGGUCAAACCCAACGUGAGCGAGUUCAGGAGUGCGAGCGUGGUGUUCCAGGACGGGAGCGUGGAGGACAGAAUCGACGUGGUGGUCUUCGCCACAGGAUACACCUUCUCCUUCCCCUUCCUCGACGACUCUGUCCUCGCAGUGGCCGACAACCAGGUGUCUCUGUACAAGUACGUGUUCCCUCCUGCCUUGGAGCGCCCCACACUGGCUGUCAUUGGACUCAUACAGCCUGUAGGAGCCAUCAUGCCCAUCUCGGAGCUGCAGGCGCGGUGGGCAACGCGGGUCUUUGCAGAAUUACAAAAGCUGCCACUGGAGAAAACUAUGCUGAAGGACAUUGAGAAUAAGAAAAAGGCGAUGGCCAAAAGGUACGUGCUGUCCCAGCGCCACACCAUCCAGGUGGACUAUAUCCGCUACAUGGAUGAGCUGGCUGCACAGCUGGGCGUGCGCCCCAGGCUGGGCUGGCUGCUGCUCAGGGACCCGAGGCUGGGUCUGCAGUUGCUGUUGGGACCCUGCACCCCAUACCAGUACCGCCUCUGUGGGCCAGGGCAGUGGGCCGGGGCUCGCCGUGCCAUCCUCACGCAGUGGGACCGCGUCGCCAAGCCGCUGAGAACACGUGUGCUCCCGGAAACACCCCGCCCCUCCGCGGUGCCUCUGCUGCUCAAACUGUCUGCUGCCUGCCUGCUGUGCACUGCAGCUUCCCUUUACAUCCACCGCUACCCUCCCCCCUUUAUCCAGAACCCUCCCCCCUUUAUCCAGAGAUUUGUACCCAACUUAGGGUGACCAGAUGUCCCGGUUUUACAGAGACCAUCCCCUUUUCCCAUCAAAUGUCCCUAUGUCCUGAGAUUUUUCCCAAAACCUUAAAGUCCCAGUUUGCAAAGGAGCUAGAUAGAACUCCUCCUGUUAAAUACAUAAUAAUCAGCGAUCAUAUUAAUGGGUCAUGAAUAAUAUUUUUCAUAUAGGUUAGUGUACUAAAUUCUGAAUGUGCAAAAGCAGCAGUAAAAACAGCAAUCCAUAUGAUUAGAACAUGUAGUUCAACAUGGCCAGGAGCUGGAAAGGGAAGGUGCCGUGGUUGUGCAGCAGACAGAGCUCGUUGUUUUUUGUUAGUUUAAUGUGAAAACAGUAACAGUGAUAAAAGCACUAUAUUCAAAUAAGAAGCAUGCUUUAAAAAAGUGUCGUUUUAUAACUAUUCUUAAUCUAUGUGCCCCGGUCCUGAGCUUUGGAAAUCUGGGGACUCUUACCCAGCUAGGCAGAAAAUGCAAUUCAGAACUUUCCAUUGUCUGCUUCAGUUACCGUCCCCGUUACCUCGCCCUGACCCGGGACUUUGGUGACCAUCAGCUGUAUUUUGAAUUAACAAAGAGAAAUUGCCAACAUGACAACAUGUUGUAAAAGGUGUCACAUUUUGUAAUUGGUGUUUUGUUAUAAAAUUGAAUAAAUUUAACCUCAAUCAUA